AAAUCUCUUACCAAGCUGUGGAGACCCAAUGCCACCUGAGUUACCUGAACCUUCUAAGCUACCAGAACCAGAAGAAGGGUCAAAGGAGGGAGAAAGCAACUAUGAGACCGCAAAUGAAGGAGAUACAUCAGAUUCUGAAUCUGAAUUUAAUAACAAGUCAGAAUCUGAAGAAAAAAAACUAAUAUUUCGAAGAAUAGAAGAUUUAGCUCCAAAAAGAUUAGUAGAAACUAGAAGAAUUUCUGACCAAGCCACAUUCGAGAAUGUUGAAGACCAAAUUAGCGAUAUUUAUAGAAGAGAAUUAGCUCAAUUAGAGGGUAUUAAAAUAAAAAUAGUUUUUAUUGCUCAUAUAUAUCAGAUUGUACAAGAAGGGCAUUUUGGACAUCGAAUAGAUCAAGACAUAGCAUUUCUAAGUGAAAUUUUAGAUAUUAUUCGCCAGAAUAGAAUAGACCAAACAGUUUCACGUCAGUAUAAUGAAAUUUUAGAUAAAAUCGAUGAAAUGGAUUCCUAUUUUGCAUUACCAAAAAUAUGGGCCAAACCUCAAUUAGGGAUAAUUAACCCUCAAAAUACAGACGAAAGAUGUUUCAAAGCAUGUAUGAAAGCUUAUUUAGCAAGUAAAGAGGGCUGUAGACAGGGUCGAAAAGCAAGAAAUCUUCAUAAUAUUAGUAGGCUACAAUGCUUUAAUAAUAUACUAGACUUCUCUGGUAUAAAUUUUCUAUUCACAUUACGUGAUAUUAAUAUAUUCAAAGAAAAUAAUCCAAAUUAUGCAGUAAAUGUGUUUUAUCCUGCACCAGAAAAAAAUGAUAAAGAGCAAGCAACUAGAAAGUUGGACCCGCUCUGUUUAUCGGAGUAUAAUUAUCAAAGAGAGUAUAUAGUAGAUUUAAUUUUAUUUACUAAAGGAGAAAAAGAUUUGAGGGAUUGCUAUAAUAUUAAUGAAAUCCCUCCAGGAUUAAAUACUCAUUACUGUCUUAUUAGUAGUAAAAUGGAUGGAAUAAGAUCAUGCGAAAUUGAAAUAAGCAUCAUGAAACAUAUAAAGUACAACUAUCACAGUCGAAAUAAUCCUAAUGCUGGGCAAAGAGAAAUCUUCACAGAAAAAGAUCUCAAAGCAGAUAGUGAUCCAGUAGAGAAUAAUAUUAUCAAUGAAAAGACUGUUAAACUACAGAAGCAGAAGCCUAAUAGUUAUGGCUAUGCAUUGAUCCAAACAGAUGGAAAGCUUGCAAAAGAAAUUGUUAGACGAACUCCAAACUCAAUUGCAGAGUCAUGGAAAAGCAUGCAACGAGACUUGGAAAAAAUUAUCAAGCCAAAGUUGCGCAAUCUAGAAAAAAUAAAAAUAACAGAACGUGAUUGGUGA